AUGGAAUUGAAUACGACUCAAAAGACUAUAUUUGCGAUACUAGCUAUAUUCAUCGUGACUCUAAUGGUCCUGCUCACUUUCUGCGUAUACUCAUCAAGGAGAGCAAGGUUAAAUGACCAAAUUUCUCAAAAGCAAGUAUUGGGUAAAUGGAAGGAAAAUGGUGUGUUAACAAGUUCUGAAUCAAGUCAAGAUUCUGGAUUUCAACCUGAUCAAAUACCAUCAUCUCCUUCUUAUAUCCCUCCGGUACCUACGAUCCCCCAUAUCUUUAAUCACUCUGAUACCACGAUCAGCACGAAUGGAUAUGCACAUGGACCUAGACAUGGACAAGGAGGAAGGGAGGAGAAAAGAGGUAGUGGAUUAGCUGGAAUUGGUACUUUCGCAAAUACCUCUAUCACACAUAAAACCACAAGCCCAAAUACAACCACCAACACGUAUACGGAUCCGAACACUAGAGUGAAAGGACUAGUCAUUCCAUCGAAUGUGAGCUCAAAUAUUGGCAUGAACAGAGAUCCUUUAGCCGGUGGACAUCCCAGCAUUAAGUCGAAAUCACCUUUGAUACCUUCCAAAAGUCAAGAACGCAUUCGCACGAGGCAGAAUGUAUCGAACGCCUCACGGCCCAGAUCAUGGGCUAAAUCGAUCACGAGUUCAAGGUCAAGAUCGAAAUCCCACGUCAACGAGAAACAACUAUCGCACAAACAGGUCAUAGGCCAUCAGCAUACAAAUCAUUAA